GGUAUUGACUGAAAAUGUCGAUGAGCCGCUUGCAUUCGAGAUUAUUGGAAUGAUAUGGGAUUGCGUACUUACAACCGCCGAGGGCUUGAUUGUUCCUUCCUUGGCAGACGAAGCCAAAGAAAGAAAACCAUGGGAUGAGCGACGAAUGAGUUUUUUUAGAAAGUUUAUCGAGGCAGCUGAACUGUUUUUUCGAAGUGGUGGUGAAGGACUGCCCGAUGAUGCAAUAUUUACACGAGCUUACCGACAGCUUCAAUUUAUCAUUGCAUCUUAUGAGCACUCACGACAAAUAUUGAUUGAAACUUACAGUCAGUGUAUCCAGACCGACCCAAAAACAGCACCAAAUGAUAUCCAGAUGGAUAGCAUAAAAGUGCCGAUUAAAGAGAGUGAUGUAGAAUCCCAGAAAUCGGCACUUUUAUCCAAUUUUACUCCGUCGACACAUUUAGUUGCCAUGGAUGCGCAAUCGGACUUGGAUUGGAUUUUAAAGCUGCUUAAAAUGAGAGGAGGAAAAGAGAUUGUGGACAGCAAGCUUCGCGAAAGACUCUUGAUUUGAUAGUAAUUGUUUUUGUCGUACUCACGUAGUAGAGUACUAAAUAAGGGUGUCAAACUACAUAAUAAACAGACAGUCUUAUG